CAGCACUCCCUGUUUGCUCCCACAAUGCACUGCGACCCUGUCAUGGUGUCUGUGGGCAAGGUUCGGUGAGGGGAGUUUGGGAUGUUGAGCGGGGUGGCGUUCCUCCGGGUGCUCGGCAACCUGAGCAGGCAGAGCUGCCGAACAGCAGGUGCAUUUCUAGCAAAUGACUCAUUUCAUAGGGUCAUCUGUUUACCAGGAAGUUACUAUGGAAGCAGCUCAGCUUUGGGAGAAAUCCUGGGUGUCGGGAAACCAGCAUCUGAGAAUCUCAUUGACCAGUAUCCUCCUGCUGUUUCCAUCAGUAAAGAUGAGCAGGGGAGCCUCCUCCAACAUCAGCCAGACCAGCCACCAAACCCUCAAGUGCUGAGAGUUGCAAUUAUCGGUGCUCCCAAUGCCGGUAAAUCCACUCUGUCAAAUCAGCUUCUACGUAGGAAGGUCUUUCCGGUUUCGAGCAAGGUCCACACGACACGGUGUCAAGCUCAGGGGGUUAUCACAGAGGGAGAGACCCAAAUAGUUCUUCUUGAUACUCCUGGGCUCAUUUCUCCCAUGAAAAUGAAAAGGCACAAUUUGGAGAAAUCACUGCUGGUUGAUCCCUGGCACUCAGUAAAAGCAGCAGACCUGGUGCUUGUUUUGGUUGAUGUGUCUGACCACUGGACUCGCAACAAGCUACAUACUGAAGUGCUGAGAUGUCUUACUCAAAAUCCCCAGAUUCCGGCAGUUCUCGCCCUGAAUAAGGUGGACCUGUUAAAGAGCAAAGGCCUUCUUCUGGAUUUGACAAUCAAGCUGACAGAAGGAAUAGUGAACAACAAGAAACUGAAGGUGAAGCCACGGUACAACUCGCUGCCACAGCCUGUUGGGAAAGAGAGAACUGGUGAAGCAGAUGGCAUGCCUGACAAACAGGCAAGAAAUCAGAGCAGCACUUUGGAUGUGUCCAAGGAAACACACAGCCCCCACUCUCAAGGAGAUGUACAUCGUUUGGAAAUAUCCAGUGACAGUGUUUCUGACAUUUCUCAGCCAGAGACUGCUCAGCAGCAGGCAUCUGCUCCUCCACACAGCACCUCUGAGAGCUGGAAGAACCGACAGGGCUGGCCUCACUUCAAGGAGGUGUUCAUGCUUUCUGCUGUCAAUGGCGAGGAAGUGGAUACUUUACGGCACUACCUUGUGUCAAAAGCCCAGCCAGGGCAGUGGGAUUACCACAGCGAAGUCGUCACUGAUCAGUCACCCCAGGAGAUCUGCUGUAACCUGAUACGGGAGCGGUUACUGGAGUAUCUGCCUCAGGAGGUGCCAUACAACAUCACACAGGACACUGAGCUGUGGGAAGAGGGACCAAGCGGGGAGCUCCGUAUUCUACAGAACCUCACUGUUGCCAGGAAGAAUCACGCGAAAUUAUUGAUUGGCCAGGGAGGUAAUCUGAUUGGUAAAAUUGCCCGAGAUGUGGGACAGGACCUGAUGAACGUCUUUCUCUGCGACGUGCAGUUGAGACUGCGUGUGAAAGUCAAGAAGUGAGCCUGCUGUUCACCCAAAUGGAUGAUUUGAGAGGCUGUUUUUCCUCACUUACCCCAUCCUUACCCCACUGAAUCAGCAGAUGCAACAUGCAACCUGUCUUGAAAGCCUCUAACUUGACCCAAACCUUUGGACUCCUGUGGAAAAGGCUUCACAGGAAAGCUCACUGAAGUUUUUUUUUUAAAAAGGUAGGAGUUUGCCAGGAAUGUGGACAAUAAUGUUUCCCAUGGUGGAGUUCAAUUUAAAUAAUCUCUCGUGUAAUCGUGUAAACAAGUGGGCUGUUGAUGAUGUUCAAUCAGAGGGAAGUUCUCUGACUUUUUACUAAUUCAAGUGAUGUGGACUUCAGAGAAUAAGAUUGUCUCUCUAGUUCCCCUUGCGAAGGUGGUAGUAAGCUGCCUUGAAUCGCUGCAGUCCUUGAGAUAUGGGUAUAAUCUGGAUAUUUGUUGUUUUAUCACCUUCAGCAUUGAGUUACACUUAAACACAGUGUUUUAUCAGUCUUCAGCUCUGGAGCACCAGUUAACAUGAUUCUGUAAUAGUCAUUACUGCUUGGGGUGUUAGAGUUUGGAGUUUGAAUCUGGUGCCAUCUGUAAGGAGUUUGUGCAUUCUCCCCAUGACAGUGUGGGUUUCCCCCCAUAUUCCGAAGACAUACCAGUGAGUAGGUUAAUUGGUCAUUGUACAUUGUCCUGUGAUUUGGCUAGUGUUAAAUUGUUGGGUUUCUGGGUGGCGCACCUCGCUGUGCUAGAAGGGCACGUUCCACGUUGUAUCUCUAAAUAAAAAUAUAAAAAUUUUACAGGAAAGAUCAGUGUUUACAGUCCAUUGUACACCUAUUAAAUCUCUCACUGCAGCACUCCAGGGUUAAAGUCAACCACAUCAGGGUGUGAUUAUGGCCAUUUAGGGCCCAGACACAAGGCCAACAAUGUUACUUUGUAAAGAUCUUUAUUAGUUUAGAUGAGUUUCUACAAUUAAUUACAGCUUCACAGACCCUUCAGUUAACACACCACCAUGUUUCCACAUAUUUAAACUAAAUUCAAAUCCUCGUGGGAUUUGAACUCUGUACUUAAGUGACAUAACUAUGACACAGACAUACCCGAAAAACUAGUGACUGCGCUUAUGUCUAACAAAGCUAAUCAGUUAUUAGUGAGGCCCGACAUUGCAAUCUUCAAACUUCUUACAGUGGUAAAGUGUCAAGCUUUGUGAGUGGGUCUGCCCUUCAGAGUGUUCUGGCUGUGAACAGCACAUUUAAUGGAGUUGCAGGAAAUAAUGGUUCUUUCCUGGGACAUACAUUCUCUGAGUCAUUAGGAUGUUUGUAUUGUUUGUGAAACAUCAGAAAGUAAUUAAAGAGAAAGUUCAGUAAUUCCCUGUU